GUAAAAGUGGGUAGUGUUGUCUGCUUUCUCUGCUCUUCCACUUCAUAUAGGAGAGGUAAAAGAGGAAGUGAUCGGUUCCAAACAUGGAGUCCAUGCCUAAGUGGUCGUCGUCGUCGUCAUCAUGCAAGGCCAGAGAUGAAACCCUACACAUAGUCAUGUUCCCAUGGUUAGCCUUUGGUCAUAUGCUUCCAUUCUUAGAGCUCUCCAAGCUCAUAGCCCAAAAUGGUCACAGAGUCUCUUUAAUAUCCACUCCUAGAAACAUCCACAGACUCCCCAAACUGCCUCCAAAUCUAUCCCCUCUCAUCAAUUUAGUGAAACUCCAACUACCCAAAGUCGACCAACUCCCCCAAAACGCAGAGUCCACACUCGAUCUUCCCCACCACAAAGUCAAGUACCUCAUGAAGGCCUACGAUCAACUCCAACAACCCAUGUCUCAGAUUCUCUCAGAUUUAUCUCCCCAUUGGGUAAUUUAUGAUUUCGCUCCAUAUUGGUUCGGCCCUCUUGCCUCCAAACUCGGCAUCUCCAGAGUCUUCUUCAGUGUCUGCGUUGCCCCUGCGUUGUGCUUUCUGGGUCCUGUACCAGUGUUAAAGCGCACGAGUGGUGAAGACGAUCGCACAACACCAGAGGACUUCACUGCUAAACCCAAAUGGAUCCCAUUUGAAUCAAAAAUCGGGUUUAAGCUCUUUGAGAUUAAGUCUUUCUUCAACGACACAUCCACCAAUUAUGCAAACGUCCCGAUUACAUUUCGCUUCGGAGCGGGGAUUGAAGCUUGUGAUGUAUUGGCUGUGAGAAGCUCUUACGAGUUCGAACCCGAAUGGUUGAAACUCAUGGAAGAGGUUCACAUGAAACCCGUUAUACCAAUCGGCCAAUUGCCCUCUAGUGCGUAUGAUGAUAGUUUCGAUGAAACGUGGUAUACAAUGAAAGAGUCAAAGUGGCUUGACAAGCAGUCUAAUAAGUCCGUGGUCUAUGUUGCAUUCGGAGGCGAUACAAAGCCAAGUCAAACCCAACUUACAGAGAUAGCUUUUGGGUUAGAACUAUCCGAGUUGUCAUUUUUUUGGGUUUUGAGGAAUCGGCGUGGUGUGGAUGACACUGAGGUGACCGAGUUACCAGAUGGGUUCGAGGAGAGAACCAAGGAACGAGGAGUGGUUUACACUAAUUGGGCGCCUCAACUCAAGAUACUGAGUCAUGACUCGGUUGGUGGGUUUUUGUCUCACUCUGGGUUGAGUUCGGUGGUUGAGGCUUUACAGUUCGGGAAGUCUCUCAUUUUGUUGCCUUUCAUGGCGGACACGGGGUUGAUCGCUAGGCAUUUGGAGGAGAAGAAGAUGGCAUGUUUGGUACCCAGAGACGAGCGAGACGGGUCGUUCACAAGAAACUCGGUGGCUGACUCACUGAGAUUAGUCAUGGUUGAGGAAGAAGGGAGGAUAUACAGGGACAAGGCUAAAGAGAUGAGUGGGUUGUUUGGUAACAGGGCUAUACAAGACAAAUACGUGAAUAAUUUUGUGGAUUACCUGAAGAAGCAUAGACCAGAGCUAGCUCAAGAGGAAUAAACAAAAAUCCACUGUUAUGUUAUGUUAUGUUAUGUUAUGUCCCAGAUUUCUGAGUCCAGAAUUUGCUGGGAAAGAAGUUUGUGUGGUAUGUGUUUACGUUUGAAAUGAAUAUAAGUUAUAAAUUAAUGUUUCACAAUAAAAUUUAGAAUAAAGUUUCAGGAAUUGCAGUUUUAUUGAA